AUGGAUGACUUGCACCAUUCACGGAAACGGUCGUCGUUAUCUUCUGCAUGCGAGCACAACUCCGAAGUUAUCUCCUUUGCUUUGACGAGAACAGGUGGUAGAGAAGGAGCGCCAGCAACCGCUUCGCCGUUUACCAGCUCUGCCCGAACUGGCGUUGCUUGCUGCGCCCCAGCCAUCUGGCCCAGAGAAAGAGACGCAAGGGUACGGUACCACCAGGAUAUCAUCAAUUGCCCGAAAAUACCACUUCCGUGUACGCGGCUCCCUGACGCUGUCUCAUUGGCCACACCCUUACCAAUUCCCCUGGAAAUGCUCAAAAUUGUUCUCCUUUUUCCUCGUCUCCUGGCAUGGGGAUACCUCUGGGAACGACGCCUCCUGCGGCGCAUCAGAAACCCGCUACCCACGUAUUAUCCUCCUGAGCUAUUCGGAACUGACGCUAUGAUAAAACGGGCUGGUGGCCAGAGGAAACAAUUAGCCAGCAUUGAGCAUACAACCACGAGAACUCCUGCAAGAGCGCUCGAGAGCUCUCGGCCUUCUACGGCUGUCAUCCCCAUUCUGAUUAACAAAGAGAUGACCACCGCGUUGUUACAGAUUUGCAAGAAGAGGAGGACAGGCCUCAAUGGCCUGAUAAUUGGCACAGCAGCAGUCGCGAUGUCCGAAUUGAUGUGGCAUAGAAAAACAGUCCUGAAGGAAAUUGAACUGAUGCUAGAUGGUGCACGGAAGAUGAAGAAAGAGGACGUCUUACGAAGAGGCGUCUUGGCUGAGAGUCGCGAGGCCAAAAUGCACGAGCCGUUACAGAUGGUUGCGGAAGAGAGACACCAUGUCUCUAGUUGUAUUGAAGGCAAUACCGUCGGACCCGGCGCACAUAGUCCUCGUGUUGCGGGCAAAACCCUGGAGGAAAACAGUGCAAUCUCAACUGUCCCACACCGAGAAGCGCGUCUCAAACAGGAAUCAAAAGGUAGAGAAAGAGCCAACGAUACGGAACCGCGGUGGAGGUGGUCGGUAUGGAAGGCAGGAUGCAGGCAAGUACGAUACGCUUUCGAGCGGCUUCGAGCUCUAAUGCGCAGACCAACCUGCAAUUUCGAUCCCGAUCAGAUAGGCGAUUCGAACAUAGAAAACCACGCUGGGCCUGUAUACUUGUAUUCUCUCCAAGCCAUCAGUGGACGACGCUGGUUCAAGCAUAGGGAUAGAGGUCAGUUCGAACCGACAGAGUUUGAGGACCAGAUGCUAUUUCAAAGCUUUCUUCUUGAGCAAACGCAGCUCCUGCUCGCACGACUAACGCCUGACGAUACCUCCAGAUUACAACGGUCGGGAAGCGCCAAUACAGGCCUUCCUGACUCGAUAAGAGGUCGUCCAGCUUUUGCCAAGAAGUAUGAAGAAGACUUAGGAGCGGAAGCACAUUUCUCGCGUUUGGCCAAUAUUGAUGCACUUACCCUUCCUGUUGGAAAACCGAGGCGCCAAGGAACAACAUCGGUUCCUCCGAUCCAAUUCGGGAGGCGUCGCACAGCCUCUCACAAUGCCAACCGAGUUACUGCAUGCAUGGCGUUGCCAUCUCCGCAGAUGUGCCAGGCAGUAACAAUGGCUGUAGACACCAAGACGGAGCCUUUUGCUCUCCAUGGCGGGGAGCCUCCAGACACAGGAACAACUGCAGUGUGCCAACGAUUCCGUACAACGCUCCCUGACAUACGCAGACAACGGAGCCUGCGCAUCACCUCUUCUGAUGCGGAAACAGCCAUUAUGAUGGAGGGCCGGAAAAUAUCCGACGAAACGAGAGUCCCCAGCGAUAGUGAAGUGACUCAGCCACGAAAUACCCCCAGAAAAGAAGGUGAAUUGUGGCAAGAAUCAGCCACGUUGUAUUCUGGUACACUGCGCGAAGACGAUAGUUCUCUUCAAUCUCGCGCGGUGGCCUUGCUAUCCGGUGCAGAUCCACACUCCGCACGCCACAGAGAUGAUGCCGGCGGCGGUGAGACAGACCCCUCAGUUACACAUGAUGCUGCAUCCGCGAGACUAAAAUCAUCCAUUUCCACGCGCAAAAAGGGAACGGAUGAACACAUCGGCGGGGACCCUGCCUUCGCUGAGAUGCCGUCGACCUUCAGUGUCGUCUCUUGCUCGACAGGCCUUGCCCCCGACCCCAGAUUUGAAACCGGAACUGACGUUUCCGCCGGAGCUGGUUCAUCACAGCUACGCGACAAUUUCGAUCAAAACGAAGGCGAGAGUGCAAGCUUAUCCUCCGAGCUGGUUUCAGAGAUCGGCAAACGCACUUCGUUCAGGCACAGCCUCGCUGCAUCUUUGAUGAAGAUACGAAGUUGGAUAGCUAGGAAAAGCCGCGGGGGAAAGAGAGAUCGCCAGCAGGACGGCAGACGCUUACAGCACGAGAAAGGCCAGCAAAACGCUGGCAGUCUGCGUGUUGACUCGCAAGCGUGUCAGAUAUCAACCGCGGCAACGAACGCGAUUCAAGUGACUCCACGCCCAGGGCUGGGCUCGUAUGCUCUGGUCAUGCCAAUUAGGAUUAGAGUAUCGCCCAAAUGUGCUGAUCUGAGUGACGACCUUUGGGAACUUGCUAGCAGAUCGGCCAAGGACGUCCAUGGCAUCGUCAACGCCCAGCGUUCAUUCCGCCCCUCGUAUGCCCUCGUUCCUUGGCACUCUAUCACCGUAUAUGUAGGCAGUGUUAUAGACAGGCUGCCCCUCCUGCAAAAACUGGGGGGAAUGAAACCCAGUUUCCGCCCGUCAGCUUUCCUCAUCAGCAAUGGCGGUAAAUGGGAUGCAACAUCCGUGGACACGUUCAUGCAUCGGCUUCUCCUAGAGGUGGCACAUGCUAGCAAGCGCCACAGGGCAAUGACAAUCUACCGCUUACUGCAUCAUCAGCAACAAAUGAAGGAAGCCGUCCGUGCAUUAGAGUCCAACAAGCAGGGAGUGAUCGCUCCACCCGACAAUGUGGACCGAAACUCUGCUUGCGCCGUUGCCGGCAGCUCUUGCAGACCCUCGCAUCAACGACUCCUUCCCAGCAGAAGCACGAGCAGCCCAGGACGGAGUGCCCCAACGACGCAUGCUACGAAAGAGACGAAGCACGCCACGAACGCGACUACUCAAAUAACGUGGUGGCGUGUUGAAGAAGGACAAAGUACAAAGCCACAUAAUUCUGGGCUUGGACAACUACCGAAACAGGCGUUCACGCCCACGUCUGGGCGCCACAGCUUUACAGGCAGAGAGGCUGCUGUUGAUACGACUGCACUUCUUGCAAGAAACGUUCCGAAGUUCCAUCCUUUUUCUCUGAAAGUGGAAUCCAGUUGGUCCGUUGUUGCACAACACAACGUGGGUCUCAACUAUUUUGCCCACAACGUCGUGACUGUAGACGGCUGCCUCAACUGGACGCUGCAGUACCACACCAACAUGGUCAGCCGUGAGCUGGCGACGUGUUACGCCAAUCGAAUUAUUGCGAUUCUUGAGAAACUCUGCGAGAAUGAAAGGCUAAAGGACGAACAAGUGUCAAGGACGAGCGGGUUACAACAGCAGUUCUCGACGCUCGAGCCUGAGCUCCAUGCACCAUUGUGCCGCGAUGAGACGUGGGGCACGCUGAGGCGACGACGUGAAGGUGUCGGAGACGGAGUAGUAAAACGCUGA